AUGACAAAUGCAAUUUAUCAAAAAUUAGAGGAUUAUUUACCAAUUUUAGAUGAAUUAUUACAAAUUUCUUCAUUGUUAUAUCUAAGAGCAAAGCUAUUUGCAUUUAAAGAUGAAAAUGAAAUUAACAAAGUAAAAGACUUAAUAUUAAAGCAAUUACAAAAUAAUAAUAAUUUUACUUCAACUACUUUAUCACAAGUAUAUAAUAUUUAA